AUGGAAUCACACACUCGGAACAAGCCUCAUAGGCGGCCACGACUUCCACGUGGUCGGAAUCGGACGACGCGCACUUCAACGUCCUCGGCGACAACAAUAGCAACGGGCAAGUCAUCAUCAUCAACAACAACAACACCACCAGGAUCGGAUUUGACAGGGCCUUUACAAAUCCUGCAAGCAGUCUGGGUUCGACACCGGAACCAACACCAUACGCAACCGUGGUGGAAGACUCUCGGCCUACUACGGAAGUGGGUCGCGCGACUCGUGGAGCUCGAAGAGCGAGAACGGGAAUUGACUACUGCAGCUCAUGGCACCAGGCUCCCCACAUCUAAUCAACGUAAGAAAGGCGCGGCUAUGGAUGGCAAAGAGCCCAAAGGUUCCAGUGGCGACAGCGCAGCCGCAUCAGAAGCCUCGACAAUGUCCCAGCGUGCGCGCCGAAACUUCGAAGAACAGGCGGCCCUACGUACGCAAAAGGAAGCCGUGACCGCAUGGCUGCGCGACACUAUCUGUCCUAGAUGCUACGUGGGGUUCUCGAGCGUGGUGGUAGAGUCACAGUUUGCCAACCUGGGAGUGGUCCUAAUGGCUGUUUUGGCCGAUGUGGUGGCAGUGGUUGGCCAGCCGAGAGAAGUCACAGCUAGUAAAGCCCGUGGUCAUGACAACGACCCCGUCGCUACGAGUAUCACGCUCACGGCGCGCAGUGUCCGUAUCACAGGCACCGCGGCCGGUAGUGUGGUGGACAGGGUAUACGAUAGUGACGAUGUCGGCGAGGUCAUUGAAAGACGGCCAGAUAAGAAGAGAAAGACGAGUGAGGUGGACGAUGGAGACGAUCAAGAGCACGGCAAUGAAGCUGGCGGGUCCUCUUCCAAACAAGUCCCUAGCUCGCGUGUCAAUGAUGCACAGCGUCGAGGCUUGUCGUCAGAAGCCUCCCAUGCUCCUCCAUCCAGGACGCCAGGUCCGAGAGAGCUGCCGUCCAAGACUACAGCGCAAGAAACACGAAAGCCUCCACCUGGUAGAAGACUCGGUCUGGCCACAACUAGUACCGCUUCAGUCGCUCCGACUCGGCGUCCCAUGUUACCAGAACACAAGGACUCCCAAGAGAGUGGGGACCUGGAUCAAGAGAACCCCGCUGAGACUGUUCCAGAGCCGGAAUCUCCUUCCACAACUCGACCAAUAAUGGUUGCUGGACAAGCCAAUCCGGUUACACUCAGGAAAUCCAAGACCCAAACGCCAAAGUCUACAGACAUUGCAGAGACCAGCGAACGGAAAAAGAGGGAAGGGGAGAAAAAAGCCACGAAAGGGAAGAAAAAGAAAAAGAACGCGAUUGAUGACUUGUUUGCUGGCUUUGAGUGA